UGUGUGCAGGACGUGGAAUGUCCCCUGUAUAGUCCCGAAUGUAAAAAAGAAGAUAAGUCGGUACGGAUCCUCAGCUAAAAUUCACACAGUAACUCUACCCAAUCUUUCAGAGAAGUCAUCAAAGCCAUGAACAUCACCUGGCUGAUUGGAACGAUCUUCAUGGCCGCUUGCUACGGAACCGUUACCUUCUGGACCAUCUCGACCCUGUACGAAUGGAAGCGUCAGUUGAUGCUUCCGGCUUGGUUUCCCUUCGAUUACAGUGAAUCGCUGCUCGUGUUCAUUCCGGUUUGGCUAUACCAAGCGUUUGGAAUCUACAUGAGUGCAACCUACAACGUUGCCACGGACACUUUGGCAACGGGAUUGAUAUCCCACGUUAGUGGACAAACUGCGCGGCUCGGAAUUCUGAUGUCCAAGCUAGGACACAAAUCCUCCGGAUUCAUUCCCUACAACGAUUUACGUAAGCAUAACCCAAAAUGUAUGAUGUGCAGCGUGAUAUCUAGCCUGACAAAAGAUAUCAACUACAAUGACUCACAUGGAUUUUCUUAAGGGUAUCUUGUAGAGUUGACUUAUUUUCACAAGGGACUCCUGUGUUACGCCCGCGAAAUCAUCGACAUUUUCAACGUGUCAAUCUUCACCCAAAUCAUCGCGUCAGUUAUCAUAAUCUGCAUGACUGGUUUACG